AAUUGUUUUAUUACGUUCAGAAAUACAAACUGCUUAUAAUAGGAACGUUAACAUUAUCACAGCUGUCUUAACUCUAGUUUUGUCACGAGUUAUCAGCUGUCAAUGGCUCAGCGAGACGUCAGUGUCAUUGUUACGAUCAGCUCUGAUCAGUGUGGUUGGAACUGAAUGGGCGUAGAUCAGACGUUAUUAUAUUUUAUAGUAAAAGUAAUCAGAUAAAAUCAUGUUAUUGUAGUGUUUAUAAAAUAAGCGUCCGACCUAAUAUGGCGUACGAUAUCGGGUGGAUCAUCCCGCGGCUGCGGAACCCCGGCGUCCUGUGGAACUGCGCCAGCUCCAUAACCGUGGCUGUGGUCGGUCUGUUCAGCAAGAUCAUCGUAGAUUUCCUGAACAAGACGACGGUGUACAACCGGGAGGCGCUCCAGCGAGCCGUCCGACGGCCGCGGGACGUGCCCCUUCUCACUGUCUCCAACCACCAUUCGUGUUUCGACGAUCCCGGCCUCUGGGGUGUGUUGGACGUCGGCACGUUGACGCGUUACUCCCGCAUGCGCUGGUCGCUGGCGGCUCACGACAUCUGCUUCACAAACGCGCUACACUCCGCCUUCUUCGCGCUCGGCAAGUGUGUCCCCGUUGUGAGAGGGGCCGGAGUCUAUCAGACGGCGAUGGACUUCUGCGUGGACCGUCUGUGCGGCGGAGAGUGGGUGCACAUCUUUCCCGAGGGUCGCGUCAACGUAGACAAACAACGUAUCCGGUUCAAGUGGGGAGUGGGCCGACUGGUGAUGGACAGCGCUGCCGCGGGCCGCGCGCCGCUCGUGUUGCCCGUGUGGCACGAGGGCAUGGACCGCGUGCUGCCCAACGUCGAGCCCUAUCGCUUGCGCUUCCGGAACCACCUGUACCUCGCCGUCGGGGAGCCGCUGCCACUCAGCCCGCUGCUCGAAAGUGCGCUCCGCAGCGCGAACGCGUCCGAGGAGGAGACACGGCGUGUCAUCACGGAGCGGAUCCAGGAGGAGCUGAUGAAACUCCGCGACCACACGCACGCGCUCAUCCGUCGCACGUGUCCCCCGGGCGCGGACCGGCUUCUGGAGCCGCCCGUCCCCGACCCCGGCAGCUCGGCCGCGCCCCGGGCCCCGGCCGCGCCUCUACACAACGGCAAAGAGCACACGCACGGCGAGGCCCCGCCGUCGGCCCGCCCUAACCAAGGAGAAGGAACUCUAAGGCCGUGUGGUCGUCACCCGCCGCUGCUCCUCGUCGUCCAGGUGUCUCCGUGUCUCCUCUCCCACUCCCUCUCGUUGGAUGUUUCAUACUUUUCUACUUCUGGCUACAUGGAUAGAGUUUUUUAAGCGUUUACAAGGGUAUUAUUUAUAAAUAGAAACUUAGGAAAUAGCUCCGAUUGCUAUUGAUAGCGAUCGAAGGGUUCUGCGCACAAAUAUACACGAGUAAUGUUAGGGGAUACAGGAGCCCGGCCUCGUCUCGAUCGGAACACAACAUAUCUCCGUUCGUGUCCCGAUUACUUCCAGGCGUGUCAUUGAGGCCCUCGCCGGUCCGCGUGUCCGCGUGUCCGGCGCCUCGUAUUUAUUUCUCGUGACGUGUAUUUUGUUAAGAUCGCAAUCAACAAACUUGUUCAUCAUAUAUAACAAUUAAGGUAAGGUGUAACGUAUAGGUGUCGUGCGCUUGUGUGUCUGUAUGUGUCUUUAUGUGUGUGCGUGUGCGUGUGCGUGUGUGUUAGUAGAGCUCGUGUCUACUGAUAAAACGUUUUAAAAAAACACUAAUAUUUUAUUAAAAAUUUUAAAUAAA